CCUCUCUCUCCCUCUGGUUCCUAGUCUCUCACCUGGCCCUUCCAUCAGCUUUGGACCCUCCCUCCCUGAUGUCUUUGUCUUUCAGCUGCCUGGCACAUGGCGGACGACAUGCUGAGGCACCAAGCAUCCAUCUCUCUCACACCUGUGGCCCACGGCCUGGAGAACAUGGGGGCCGAGUUCCUGGAGAGCAUGGAGGAAGGCCGGCUCCCACACGGUAACUCAAGCCUGCCGGAGGGUGGAGGCCGCUGGAACAAGGCCAAGUGGAAGGCCUUCUCCAGAAGGAGUCUGCAGCUGAGUGUGCAAGUGAGAAGCCUCUGCAGGGAGCACAGGCAGCUAUUUGGAUGGGUCUGCACAGGUCUGCUCUGUUCUGCGUAUACCGCCUUCUUGAUCAUCGCCUGCCUCCUGGACUUCCAGAGGGCCCUGGCUCUGCUGGUCAUCACCUGUGUGGUUCUGGUCUUUCUGGCCUAUGGUUUGCUAAAGAGGCUUCUGGGGUCCAAGCUGAGCCUGUGUGUGAAGUUUCAAGGCCAUUCCCGCCUGAGCCUCUGGCUGAAAAGAGGUCUAGCCCUUGCUGCUGGCCUGGGCCUGAUCUUGUGGCUAUGUCUGGACACAUCUCAGCGGCCAGAACAGCUGGUGUCCUUCGGAGGGAUCUGUGUGUUCCUUAUCCUUCUCUUCACUGGCUCAAAGCAUCACCGCGCUGUGUCAUGGCGGGCUGUGUCCUGGGGCCUCGGGCUGCAGUUUGUGCUUGGACUCUUUGUCAUCAGAACAGAACCGGGAUUUGUUGCGUUCCAGUGGCUGGGUGAUCAGAUCCAGGUCUUCCUGAGCUACACGGAGGCUGGCUCCAGCUUUGUCUUCGGGGAGGCUCUGGUCAAGGAUGUCUUUGCCUUUCAGGUCUUGCCCAUCAUUGUUUUCUUCAGCUGUGUCAUGUCAGUUCUGUACUAUGUGGGCCUCAUGCAGUGGGUGAUCCUGAAGAUUGCCUGGCUGAUGCAGGUCACCAUGGGCACCUCGGCCACUGAGACCCUGAGUGUGGCAGGAAAUAUCUUUGUGAGCCAGACCGAAGCUCCUCUGUUGAUCCGGCCCUACCUAGCAGACAUGACACUCUCUGAAGUUCACGUUGUUAUGACCGGAGGCUAUGCUACUAUUGCCGGCAGCCUCCUAGGCGCUUACAUCUCCUUUGGGAUUGAUGCUGCCUCCUUAAUUGCUGCCUCUGUAAUGGCGGCCCCUUGUGCUUUGGCCCUGUCCAAGCUGGUUUACCCGGAGGUGGAGGAGUCCAAGUUCCGGAGUGAGGAAGGAGUGAAGCUGACAUAUGGAGACGCUCAGAACCUCGUGGAAGCAGCCAGCGCCGGGGCUGCCAUCUCAGUGAAGGUCGUUGCCAACAUUGCUGCCAAUCUGAUUGCCUUCCUGGCUGUACUGGCCUUCAUCAACGCUGCCCUCUCCUGGCUGGGGGACAUGGUGGAUGUCCAGGGACUCAGCUUCCAGCUCAUCUGCUCCUACGUCCUGCGGCCUGUGGCCUUCUUGAUGGGUGUGGCCUGGGAGGACUGUCCCGUGGUGGCUGAGUUGCUGGGCAUCAAGCUGUUUCUGAAUGAGUUUGUGGCCUAUCAAGAGCUUUCGCAGUACAAGCAGCGCCGCCUGGCAGGGGCUGAGGAGUGGCUUGGUGACAAGAAACAGUGGAUCUCUGUCAGAGCAGAAAUCCUGACGACAUAUGCCCUCUGUGGAUUCGCCAACUUCAGCUCCAUCGGCAUCAUGCUGGGAGGCCUGACCUCCUUGGCCCCUCAGCGGAGGAGCGACUUCUCCCAGAUUGUGCUGCGGGCACUUAUCACAGGGGCCUGCGUGUCCCUGGUGAACGCAUGUGUGGCAGGGAUCCUCUACGUGCCCAGGGACGUCGAGGUGGACUGUGUGUCUCUUCUGAACCAAACCCUCAGCAGCAGCAGCUUUGAGGUGUACCAAUGCUGUCGCCAGGUCUUCCAGAGGUGA